AUGAGUAUUAAACAACAAAUAGAUAAUAAUCAACUACUACCACAACUACAACAACAACAACAACAAGAAGAAGAGGUAGCAGAGAUGAUACGUGAAAGAGACUUUUUUACCUAUCAUCCACUUGCACUGAUCGAUGAUAUCAAAGAAUCUGUAUAUGAUAUCAUUGCAAAUGAAACAAACAAUUUAGAUGGAUAUCUUUCAAGUCACAAUGUAAUCAACCAAAAUCAAGAAUCUGCAAGUAAUAUUGUAAAGGGAACCGAUAGAGUAUGGACAAUGUUAAAUGAUAACUUUAAACAGAAUUUGGACAAGUUUGAAUUGUUUACACUUGCAAACAUAUUUAAUAUUCCUGCUGAUUUAAUAUUACCCGGUGAAAAUAAUCCUCCUAAUCUAUUUAAUAGUUUUAAUGGUGGAAAUAAUAAUAAUAAUAAUAACAAUAACGGAUCACAUCAAACACCUAGAAAAGAAAAACAAGCAUUAGAUAGUGAAUUGGAUAAUCUUAGAAUGAAAAUACAAAUGAUACAACAAGAUACAUUAGAGAAAAAUAAACAAUUAAAACAAAUAGAUCAAGAUAUUAAAAAUGUAUCAUCUUGGAAUUCAAAUAUGAACAUUGAUAAACAAUCUAUAGAAAAUAAUACUAUACAACGUAUAAACAAAAUCAAUCAAAAAAGAAAAGAAUUAGAGUAUAAUUUGAAUUUAACCAAAAGUAGGGUCAAAGAUCCAUCAAGUAAACCAGAUUUAAGAGUAAAUGACGAUGAAAAGUCCCCUUCUUCUUCCUCUCCUCAAUUGAUAUCAACUAGCCAGCUUUGUAAUAAUGUUAAUAGUUUAACUCUUGAUGAAUACAGUAGAGAAAGAAAUAAUUUAGAAAAGAGUAGACAAACUUUAAAUACAAUUGAAAAUCAAUUAUAA